AUGGAGGGGCUGCCUCUGUCGUACGUCCGACCGUUUAUGCAAAUCCGCUCCCGAAUAUGGACACGGAGGAAUGAAAUAUGGUGGAGGAGGCGAACAUGGAGGACCGAGGACCGUGAAUCCGCCGCUGUGCUGUUUCUGGGGCUAGUGAAGAAAAGUGGAUGGAACUCCGGAGGGACUUUAACUACGGACCAAGCUCGGUGGAAACUUUUCUAUUUACGUGUCCGUUGUUUGGGCCGACAAGUGCGUCGAAGUAGUUUGUUGUAAUGCAGUGAAGACAGACUUUUCGGGGGGAUAAAACGCAGGGCAGGGGGCUCCAGCCCUCUCACCAUCCCGACGCUAUGCCGUGGGUCAGCGGCGGUAAGCGGAGAGAGAGCUCGGAGCUGCCGCUGCCCGCGGGCUGGGAGGAAGCCCGGGAUUACGACGGAAGAGUGUUUUUUAUCGACCACAACACCCGGCAAACUUCAUGGAUAGACCCCAGAGAUAGGAUCACAAAACCGCUGACGUUUGCUGACUGUGUUGGAGAUGAGCUGCCUCUCGGGUGGGAGGAAGUUUAUGACCAGCAAGUGGGGGUCUACUACAUCGACCACAUCAACAAGACCACCCAGAUUGAGAACCCACGGACUCAGUGGCGGCAGGAGCAGGAGCGCAUGCUGAAGGAGUACCUCGUGGUGGCCCAGGAGGCCCUCGAAGCUAAGAAGGAGAUGUACCUGAUCAAGCAGCAGCGUCUGGAGCUGGCUCAGCAGGAAAUGUUGCUCUUUCGUGAGCUCUCUGAGGAUAACCGCUCCCUCACCAGCACACUCUCCAGCUCGUCAUCAAACGCGAAAUACGACCCUGACCAAAUAAAAGUGGAAAUAGCUUGUAGACGAGAGCGGCUCUCCAGGCUGAAGCAGGAGCUGGCCCAGGUGAAGCAGGAGCUGCAAUAUAAGGAAAUGGGUGUGGAGACCCUACAGGAGAUCGACAGGAAGAUGUCCAGCAGUCAGACUAACUACAAGCUGGACGAGGCUCAAGCUAUCUUCAAUGAGCUGCGCAGCAUCAAAAAGGCCAUCAGCACAGGCGAAAAGGAAAGGCAGGACCUCAUCCAGAGCCUGGUGAAACUGACGGUGAACUUCCAAAGCAGCUUGUCCAUCAGCGACUCGGCCAGCGAGGUGGCAAAUAGCACUGGAACCGCGGGUGACUCGUGUGUACUGCAGCAGUACUGUGACACUGGCUGUCAGACUGAUUUAAUGGGAGAGUAUGGUUCCCAAGAUUCCUCACAUUUGGUGGACAAAGUGAAACUCAACUGGCAGUAUGAGGAAGCCAAGAAAAAGGUGCAGAGCAUACAGCACCAGCUAGCACAGCUGGACAGUGAGAGCUGGUCUGGACGGGCCGAGGCGGACCGAGACCGGGACUUCAUGCAGCUCCUGCGUGAGAAAGAGGCACUCCUGCAGGAGAUCAUCUUGGUCAGCAAGCAGCAGCACUCACCGGAGACGCUGCUGCAGCUGGAGGAGGAGCGCAGACGGUUAGAGGAGGAGGUGCAGAGGGCCCACAGCUCCCAGAGCCAGGGAGCCAAUCAGAGGAUCCUGCAGCAGGAGAAGAGGAACGCUCUGCUCCGACAACUGGAGGAGGCAACACGCAUCACCACCUACCUUCACUCCCAGUUGAAGAGCCUCUCGGCCAGCUCUUUGACAGUAUCGUCCAGCAGCAGCCGUGGCUCUCUGGCCUCCAGUCGGGGCUCGCUGGCGUCCAGUCGAGGCUCCCUGAGCUCCAUUAGUUUCAGCGACAUCUACGGCCUUCCCCAGUACGAUCGGCACGACGGGGCAGGAGAGCCGCUAGACUCCCACCUACGCUACCUGCUGCCCCCAGAGACUGUGUCCAGAGACUGUUCCAUUUUCACUCCCGACCCCCUGACCCAAAGCAAAGCCAAACGCUCCCACGACACCCCACAGUCCCUGGCCUCCCUCUCAUCCCGCUCUUCGCUGUCCUCUCUGUCCCCGCCCAGCUCUCCCAUGGAUACCCCCUACCACUCUGCCCCUCAAGACUGCCCCCUCACCCAGAUGACAGAGGAGUACAUGGAGCAGGCAGGUCGUGGCCUGUUAGAGGGGCUCCGGGCCCAGUCGCAAACUCUGUCACACACCGCCAUGUUGAGCAGCGAGGACACAAUCGGCCCUGCAGCUGUGCACCAACUGGACAACAAGAGUCACCGAGACAGCAGUGCACAGGGCGCUUUCACCUCCUCAGGAGUCACUCUGAGGGGAAAUAGUGCCAACAGAAGUGGAAGAAGAGCCAGGAGAGUUUCUGCAGGUGUGUCUGAGGACGCCCUGGCAACAGACAGCGGUGUCUUUGAAGCCUGGGGCAGAAGGGCUGAAGAGGCUGAGGAGAUGUCUUACAUCAAAGAGCUGACAUCUGUGAGCGAGCCCACCCAGAUCCAGCUCGGACUGCUGUGGGAGUCCAGUUCUCAGUCUCUCCGACUGCAUCUGUUACAGCUGAGGAAUCUGAACAGGUCCAUAGUGAGAGAUGGUUAUAAAGUGUAUGUGAAGGUGCAUUUGAUUCCACUGGACGCCGGCAGAGCCUGUGCGUUUUACUGUUGUACCGCGUUGGAACCACAGUCCCAGAUGAGUUUCAACGAAGGCUUCCGCAUUCCUGUCCCUGCAAACGCCCUGGCGGUGUGUGCUCUGCAGCUGUCUGUCUGCUCCCUGGGACCUCAGGCUCAGGAGGAAUUACUGGGUAAAGCCCAGGUGAGUCUGGCAGAUUGUGAAGGAAGCGCAGAGAUGGUUUACCACUCGCUCCAAGUCCAGAUGUUGAGCGGGACGGAGCUGCCAAGGCCUGAACAGAAGAACCUGAGCCACCGCAGACAGCACGAUGGUCAGGAAGAAGAGCAAAGGCCCAGACCCAUGGACACUGUAUGCACUCUGCUGUCACGCACCAACACCACCACACAUCUGGAGGAGAGGGAUGCUGAGAAGAAGAGUGAGGAGCCAGGGGAAGCAACAUCUGAGAGGAGCUGGCAGGCAGAGUCCGUGGACAGCGGCUGCAGCAACAGCACAGCAUUCCCAGCUCUGUGCUCCGAAGGCCUAUGUGCAGAGGGCGUCUGCAUCACCACUGGAGGGCGCUGUGAACAGACCACCAGCAAACUGUGUGCAGUGAAGGUGGAGAAGGCGACCAUGACAGAAGGUCCGUUCCCAGAGCCAGUACGAGUCCGGCCCAAGGAGAGGGGAGCGCGCUGGGGUCAUGCUUCGCCAUUCAUGAGAGGCAGCACCAUAGUUCGCUCUCAGACCUUCUCUCCUGGUGCUCGCAGUCAGUACGUCUGCAGGUUAUAUCGAAGUGACAGCGACAGCUCGACUUUACCAAAGAAAUCCCCUUUUGUGAGAAACACAGUGGAGAGAAGAACAUUACGCUAUAAGCAGCAGUCGUACCGCUCCUCCUUGGUUGAGCAGCCGACACGUACAUCUCUGGACCUGGAGCUGGAUCUCCAGGCCUGCAGGACACGUCAGAGGCAGCUGAUGGAGGAGCUGAGCGCCCUGAGGGAGCUGAAGCUGCGUCUGGAGGAGCCUCAGGCCAGGGAGGCCACGGAGCUCCCCCACUGGGCCCUGAGGGAUGAGCGCUUCCGCUGUCUGCUCAGAGAGGCCCAGAGACAGGCGAGCCAAAGCAAACAGGAGCAGCGGCAGGAGGAGGCGGCGGAGAGGAGGCUGAGGAAGGCCUCCAAAGAGGUUCUGCAGAUGAGAGGGCAGAGCCAGAAGGAGCCCCUGCCCGUGCAGACAUUCAGAGAGAAGAUGGCUUUUUUCACAAGACCAAGGUUCAACAUACCUCCUUUGCCAGCUGAUGAUGUAUGAGUGCUUGUUUCUGUAUUAUGUGACUAAACAUGAAGUAUUUGUCGAAUUUUCUGAGCUCAUGAAGUACAAAGACCUUUUCAGUCGAGGACACAUGGGUGACACACAGAUGAUGAAGAUAAGAAGGUUUCACAUUUUGAGAAGUGUUUGUGCGGCUAUACUAGAACACCUUAGACACAGUUAUUUGAUGACAGCGUGGCUGUUCAUUUCCUUUUUGGGGAAAGCGCCUUUCAUAACAAAACAGUAUCUCUUUACUUCUGUUGUUUGUGCUUAAAAAAGGCUGGAAGACGGGAACAAAAGUCGGUUUGGACAUAAUUCACUGUACUGUAACUUAUUUUAUAGUACUUUUCCUUGAAGGAAAUUAAAAACGCUUCCUGCUUUUUAAGUGUAUUUUGUAGCUUUGAACAAAUAGCACUUCAGUGUUUUUACAUACAGUAAAAUGGAACUAUUGUCUGAUUUUUGUUUCUGUUACCUAAUUCUUAAGAGUUAUUUACAUAAAAUGUCACUUUGUAAUCCACUUUUAUUACAAAUGUCAAUGUCUUUUGUUAUGUUAUUAAAAUUAAUAUUAUUUCAUAUACUUUUCAAUAUAUGGAUGAAUAUAUGAGACACUGUUUUCAGAUUUUUUUUAUGAUGUCUGUAUGAACAUCUGCAGUGUUACCUCUUGUGAAGAUAAAACCAUUAAACCAUAUCUCGACACUUGGUAUCAGUCACAUGUGCGACAGCGGGGAGUAAAACCUGGCAGGUUUAAUGACUGACCUCUCCUGGGACGAAGAACUCUUUCUGUGCCACUCGCACAAACCUUUUCUUAAACUGUGUCACAGCACGACACGUGAUUUGUUUGGAACCACAGGCGGGUUUUGCUGACCCACUUGAGUGUAAACCUGCCGAUUGUGAAGAGGCCCUACACCGGGGAGGCAGCUUUGUCAGCUAGUUCACUUUGUACGACAUCCUGUUAGAGCCUUUCCACAUAAGCCACUAGAAGCUGAGGAGCAGAAAAAUGUCACUACUGUGACUCUACUUCUCUGCUCUCUGUCUGCAUUAAAAUGAGUGAGUUUGGAGACGUAAACACAAUAGGCUCUAGGCUUUGUGAAAAUAGCAGAGCACACCUAAAUGUUCAUAUUCUUGUGGCUCAUUCCCAACAGAAAAAUGCAGCUUGCUAUUUAAAAAAUGCCCACAAGGCCCUGCAGGUAAACCAGUCCUAGGCCUGUGCUUGUCUGACUUUACUCAUAAAUGGUAAUUUAUGCAUUUCCCAGAGGAGACAUUAGUGUAGGUCCAACUUUUGGACUGUCAGACUUGUACUGGUGUACUUUUAAUCAAAUUAAGUCAUCAGUUUUAGAAUCAAAACCAAUGAAAACCCUUUUUUCUGAAUUAAGGCUAAACUUCACAUUACU